AUGGGCCUUUUUGGCACGGGCUUGGGCACGCACAGGACCUAUAAAGCCAGCUGUCCCAACUUGAAGCUCCUUGUGUUUGCUGCCGAUAUUUUUUAUGAGUGUCCCCAGGUCUCCCCUCGUCGACCUUCUGAGUACUGGUUACAGCGCCCGGGUUGGAUUGAUGGUGCUAUUGAUCCACCUCAUUUCUAUAUCUCGCAGGAGGAAAUAGACAAUGCUUGCCGUGUAUAUGGAUACCUUGCCCAACCAGUUAGCCAGCCUGCAACCACACCGACACUGACACAGCCCGUCAUACAGUCCAUGGCUCCAGAUACUGUCACUAGUGAGCCGUCUUUCUUGUUGCUGCAGCAUGUUACUGAUUCAUGUGAAGUUCCGGUUCGAGGUUCAAAGCUUGUUGUCAAGAAGUUCAAGACUGUGAAGUCCGACCAUAUUGUCCUUGAGGACAUUACUUGGACAACAUUUAUCCAGAAGUUCCUCGCUAUCUACGAGUUGGCUGAUCAAUAUAGUCCUGGUGUUCAUUCUGGGCCUGGUUUCAAGCUCUCAUGGACAGGUUCUCUUGGCGGCAAAAGUGGAGCAACUACUAUUGAGAACAACCAUGAUUUCAAUGUUGCGAUCUUGGUGUUGAUGAAGAAGAAAAAGACACCUGUGCAGGUGCGUGUCUCAAGUCUUCUGCAUUUGACAUGGAUUGUCGCAAUGAUAUUGUCCUCUCAGCCUCACUCACUUACCGAAGCUACUGUUCAAGAUCAGGAUGAGGAACUUGCCUAUGGUACCAAAGUGCCACGUUUCAACACAUUCUCUGAAGAUGCACAACUGCAUGCACAGUACAUCAUUCAACUCAAGAAGAAAUGGUCAUGUGCCAAGCAUCAGGGUGAGCAUGGCCAAGAUGGCCAUUGCUAUGUCUCAUUGACGGGGAGAACAUCUUGGAUUGAACCACAGGAAGCUCAAAAUGCUGCUGGUGAUGCUACAAAGCAUGAACCACCCAAUACAGCUGACUUUGAUGGUGCUCGUGAUGGCCAACUGACAGAUGUGAAGCCUUGUGGUUGUACAGGACCUCGUUCUUCAUCGUCUUCAACAUCCGAUCACACAGCACUUCUGAUGGCUGUGAUGCUCCCACUCCUUACGAAACAUCUCACAUCUCCCAAUCAUGAUGCUCCUUCUACGUCCUCACUGGUGCCAACACCAGCCACACCAUCCCAUGUGAAGAAUGUGCCGUCACCAAUGAAAGGCAUCAAUCUCCUAGCUUCCAAGACUGUUCUCAUGGAUCUUGAGCUCACGCCUGACAUUAUUCCUGAGGUUCCUGUAGCUCACUUAUGUGAGGUUCUGAGUGCCGUCGAGGGACGUAUUAUUAAAUUCCAGGUGUUUUGCAAGGAGUGGAAUGCACGUUUGGAAGGAAAAGAGGAGCCAGGUUUGAUUGACAGUGCCUUGCCUACACAACCAUUCAUUUAA